AUGCUGAUGACGGCCAUAACAUCAAAUGAAUACAGUAGUCAAUGUAAUGAUUAUUAUGAUGAAACAAUUUUAUCAAAAAUAGUACCACCAAGCAAGUUUGACUUCCAUGCUACAACCCGUGACAACCAACAAACAGCUGUUGAAUAUCAAACCAGCUCGUUGCAGGAUGUUAUUACAACAAAGGGACAUAGUGAACAUAAUAGUUGUCAUGAAGAACAGCCGGUUGAAGACCAAAGCUAUAUGAAACCGAGUCAGCUGACACGGGUGAAGUAUUUGAAAUUCUUGACAAGUCCAAAUGUACUCUUGGAGCAAUUGCCAUGUCCACCAUCAAUGAGAAAAUUCAUCGUAGAUAAACGUCAGGAAAUAUCGAAUAUCGUCCACGACCGAGAUGAUGAUCGUCUUUUAGUCAUCAUUGGACCAUGCUCAAUCCACAAUGUUGAUGAAGCGAUGGUAUACGCUGCUCGAUUGAGUGAACAAGCAAAGUUGUAUGAAUCCACAUUGAUGAUUGUUAUGCGUGUUUAUUUCGAGAAACCUCGUACAACCUAUGGAUGGAAGGGUCUUAUCAAUGAUCCACUGUUAGAUGGUACAAAUGAUAUCAAUCUCGGUUUGAAAAUGGCUCGACAAUUGUUGUUGGACAUCACUCGUCUUCAAUUGCCGUGCUCAUGCGAAUUUCUACAUCCUAUACUCUCUCAUUACAUUGCCGAUUUAAUGUGUUGGAUAGCCAUUGGUGCGAGAACAACGGAAUCACAAAUACAUCGGGAAUUUGUCAGCGGUCUACCCAUGCCGGUUGGUUUCAAAAACAGUACAACAGGCAACAUACAAAUCGCCGUGGAUGCUUGUGUAUCAAGUAGAACCGGUCACACAUAUUUGUCACUCGAUCCUUAUGGUAGCAUUAUAUGUAAUACCACAUGGGGCAACGACGAUGUUCAUGUUGUGCUGAGAGGUGGCUCAGCGACGGGACCAAACUACAGUCAAAAACAUGUUUCAGAUACCAAACAUUUGUUGGACCGGCACAAGGUGAACACACAAAUCAUGAUCGAUUGUUCGCACGGGAAUUCUUUGAAACACUAUGAAAAUCAACUGCUUGUUAUUCAAGAUGUAUGUCAACAGAUAGCAUCGUCGACGAAUCGGACAAUUAUGGGUGUUAUGAUUGAAUCGAAUUUAGAAAGUGGUAACCAGGUGUUGAUAGAAGGUGAAAAAGAUCGACUCGUAUAUGGACAAUCGGUAACUGAUUCGUGUAUUGGAUGGGACUCGACACUAGACGUAUUGAAACUGUUAUCGGAUGCAGUUCGAAACAGACGGAUGAAUGAAAAGAAAUGA